GGUGACGCAGGGCAACGGGGAGGCGGCGGGGCCAUGGAAUCCGCGGCGAAGGGCAGCUACGUGCUCGCCAACCUCGCCGAGGUGGUGGAGCGUGUCCUCGGCUUCCUGCCCACCAAGGCGCUGCUGCGCGCCGCUUGCGUGUGCCGGCUAUGGAGGGAGUGUGCCCGGCGGACGCUGCGGACGCGGCAGCGAAUCGCGUGGGUGUCGGCGCUGGAGCCGGGCCCCGCCGAGAACCACGCGCUGGUGCGCGCGCUGGCCCGCGAGCUCGAGAAGGUGCAUGUGCUGCCCCAGACCGUGCUCUACAUCGCUGAUGCAGAGACCUUCAGCGGGCACGAGGAGUGUCACGAGCAAAAGAAAGCCAGAAAAAGAAACAGCAAAGAAACAGCUCUCGCCCUUGAAAAGUUGUUGCCAAAGCGAUGUCAGGUUCUUGGACUGGUCACCCCAGGGAUUGUAGUUACCCCAAUGGGUUCAAGCAGCAAUCAGCCUCAAGAAAUUGAAGAGGGCGAAGCUGGGUUUGCUCUGUUGUUUCCCAAAAUUGAUGGGGUGAAAAUUCACACCUUCCAUUUUUCUAAAGAUGUGAAGAACAGGGUCUUUGAUGAAAGCAAGUUUGCUGAAGCAGGUCUGAAGAAUAACCCAGAUCUCCGUGUUGUUCUUCUGUUUGGCUACAACUCCUGGAAGACUGGAGCUACUCGAUUUCUUCAUCAAAUAGUCAAUCCAUUGAAUGAGAAAAGCAUCAUCCUGGCUGGAGGACAAGUGGAGAGCUUUACAUCACUGACCUCUGAGAAUGCCCACGCCCAGCCCGGGGACGCCUGCGGUGUGGUUGGGUUGGCUUUCAGCGGGCCCCAGAUCCAGAGUGCCACUGUCCUGCUGGACCAGGACGUGGCUGAUGAGAGGACGGCAGAGGCGGCCAUGCAGCGUCUCAAAGCAGCCAACAUCCCCGAGCACAACACCAUUGGCUUCAUGUUUGCCUGCGUUGGCAGAGGAUACCGGCAUUACAAAACCAAAAGGAAUAUGGAAGCAGAUGCAUUCCGGAAGUUUUUUCCAAAUGUGCCCCUCUUUGGCUUUUUCGGACAUGGGGAAAUAGGAUGUGAUCGAAUAGUUACUGGGAAUUUCGUGUUAAGAGAAUGUAAUGACAUAAAGGAUGACCUGCUUCAUGGUUAUACUACUGUAAUGACUCUAAUUCACCUUGGUUCAACUAAAGCAAACCAAGCAUAAAUGAGGUGUAAUGCUUCAGUGAGCUGUUUGUUUCAUUUCAGAGAGCUGAGAAGUCUGGAAGAGUGGACAUCUUGCAGUCAAAGCCCCUUCCAAAACAUAAACAUCAUUUUGGUAAUGUUACUGAGUCUUGUAGUUGCAAUAGAGUUUACUGUAAUAUCUGUGAGAAAACCCUGCAUUUUUUGUAAUCCCCUGUACACAUCAGAAUUGCAAGAAAUUAUAUUUGAUGGAAUUCUGCAUUUGAAGAAA